AUGUCCUUUGAUAUCAAUUGGAAUAACUUAUCUAAUGAUUCAGAAUUAAAUAAUUCAAUAUUUCAGAGUUUAAAUAAUUUUUUAAAUUCGAUCACACUACCUAGUUAUGUGAAAAAUCUGAAGUUAGAAAAGUUUUCGCUAGGGUCCACUGCACCAGACAUUAAAAUAAAACAAAUAACUGAACCACUAGUCGAUUUCUACGAUGAUAUUCAGAAUGAACUUAGUGAUGAUCAAGUCAUUGAAAAAUCUCCCAAUGAUGUUCAAAUAUUAACAGAAGUGGAGUAUAAAGGUGACCUAUCAUUCACGUUAUCAGCAGAACUGGUUCUUAACUAUCCAAGUGCAGAGUUCAUGACAUUGCCUGUAAAAAUCACUGUGGGGAAUCUAGGAUUUCAUUCAUUAUGUAUUUUAGCGUAUUUAUCAAAACAAGCUUUCUUUAGUUUUUUAUGUGAUAUAAAUGAUAGCCAUUUGGUAGAAGAAAGUAUGGUAAAUGAACCUAACGGGUUCAACAUAUCAGCAAAUAGACGUUUAGAAAGAAUUUUCAUAAUACGAAGCUUGUCAAUUGAAACUGAAGCAGGUGAACAAAAUCAAAAAGAAGGUUCUAUUUUAAAAAAUAUAGGUAAGCUGGAACUGUUUUUAUCGGAUAAAUUAAAGGAAUAUUUAACAAGAGAACUUGCAUGGCCAAGCUGGAUUAACUUGGAUUUCAAUGAUGAAGAGACUGAUGUUUUUUCUAAAGAAGAAGAUUGA